UGAGCUAGAGAGAGAAUAGCGUUAGAAUUCUGAAUUUCAGUUAACGGAGAAAGAGAGACUGAGACAGUGUUUGGUAUGCCAGCGAAGGCACAUUGCCGCGGCUUCUUUCCCUGUCAGAGUCACUAGGCAGUGAAGGAGCCAUAGAAGGGCAGCCAUAGCCAUGGAUCCAUGUCCUUUCGUGCGCGUAACAGUAGAGAAUUUGGCAUUGAAAAUACCUGUGGCUUCAAAGCCCGCUAGCUCUGUUGUUCACCCAUCCUCGUCGCCUUGCUUCUGCAAGAUCAAGCUUAAUCACUUUCCAAUUCAGACUGCUGUUGUUCCGUACAUCUUGCCGGAGAGUAUAUUUCCUGACGGCCAGCACCAGGCAUUGUCGGCUGCGUUUCACUUGAGCAAGUCUGAUCUUGACCGGCUCGCUGCGAAAUCUAUUUUCGGUGGGAAACCGUGCUUGAAAAUCUCAAUCUACACCGGCAGGAGAGGGACGACCUGCGGUGUUAACUCUGGAAGAUUACUAGGGAGGGUAACGGUGCCGUUGGAUCUGGCGGGAACGGAAUCUAAGGCUUGUGUGUUUCACAAUGGUUGGAUUUCUGUAGGAAAGAACUCCAAAGGAUCCUCUGCUCUGUUUCACUUGAAUGUGAAGGCGGAGCCCGACCCGAGAUUCGUGUUCCAGUUCGACGGCGAGCCUGAGUGUAGUCCUCAAAUAUUCCAGAUUCAGGGGAAUAUCAGGCAACCAGUUUUCACUUGCAAGUUUAGCUUCAGGAGCACCGGUGACCGGAACCAGAUUUCAAGAUCGUUACCUACGGAGUCGAGCGGUUCAAGGGGAUGGCUCAGCUCAUUUGGAAACGAAAGAGAGCGACCUGGAAAGGAACGGAAAGGAUGGUCUAUAACGGUCCACGACCUCUCCGGCUCUCCAGUUGCAGCAGCUUCAAUGGUCACUCCAUUUGUGGCCUCUCCCGGCUCAGACCGGGUCAGUCGGUCCAACCCUGGGUCCUGGCUCAUACUCCGACCCGGCGAUGGGACUUGGAAGCCAUGGGGUCGGCUUGAGGCGUGGCGCGAGCGUGGUGCCUCUGACGGACUCGGUUACCGAUUCGAGCUAAUCCCGGACAACAAUGGAGGCAUGGGUGCGGCCGGCAUUCUACUAUCGGAGUCCACACUUAGUUCCCACAAGGGAGGCAAGUUUGUCAUCGACCUUGGCGCCAAUACUAACAGCCGAGCCAAGCCGAGCAGCGGCACAUCACCUGCGUGCAGCCCGAGAGGCAGCGGAGAUCACGGUUACGGCUUGUGGCCAUACUAUAUGUACAGAGGGUUUGUAAUGUCGGCCAGGGUGGAAGGAGAAGGAAAGUGCAGUAAGUCCUGUGUGGAGGUGGGUGUCCAGCACGUGAACUGCACGGAGGAUGCAGCUGCUUUCGUGGCUUUAGCUGCAGCCAUUGAUCUUAGCAUGGAUGCUUGCAGGCUUUUCUCUCAACGGCUGAGGAAAGAGCUGUGUCAGCAGAAUGACGUGCUUCGCUGAUAGGUCGUCGUUUUAUGUUCCCUUUCAAAAUUUUAAUAUUUGAGUGGGGUGUUUUUUUUUUAACACCAUUGUAGUAAAUAGCCUUACUACCACUAAGUACUAACUGUGUACAGUUUGGGGGAAGAUUAGACAGACAAGUUUUGUUUUUACUUGUUUGGCUUUGUUAACUUUUGUUCUCUGAACUCUGAA